GGUUCCGCGCUACAUUUUGUUUUUCCGGGUUCGCUCCAUCUUCACGCGCCGACCGAAAGCAGAGGCAGCAACCGCAUCUUCCUUCUGCUCCAUCUACUCUCUCAAGUCCUCCAGUACCGAAAACUUUGGUAUAUCGCGUCGAUUCUCACAUCCCUUAUCUGAGAAACUGUCAGAAUGACUGACUCCAAGUAUUUUACCACCAACAAAAAAGGUGAAAUCUUUGAGCUGAAGGCCGAGCUGAACAAUGAGAAGAAGGAGAAGAAAAAAGAGGCAGUGAAGAAAGUCAUUGCAGCCAUGACAGUGGGCAAGGAUGUCAGUUCCUUGUUUCCAGAUGUGGUAAACUGCAUGCAGACUGACAACCUGGAGCUGAAGAAACUGGUUUACCUGUACCUCAUGAACUAUGCCAAGAGUCAACCUGACAUGGCCAUCAUGGCCGUUAACAGCUUUGUCAAGGACUGUGAGGAUCCAAACCCUCUGAUCCGAGCUCUGGCUGUGCGUACAAUGGGCUGUAUCCGUGUGGACAAGAUCACUGAGUACCUGUGCGAGCCUCUGCGAAAGUGUCUGAAGGAUGAAGACCCCUAUGUGAGGAAGACCGCAGCAGUGUGUGUGGCCAAACUACAUGACAUCAACGCCCAGAUGGUGGAGGACCAGGGCUUCCUGGAUUCUCUCAGGGACCUGAUUGCUGACUCCAACCCCAUGGUUGUGGCUAAUGCAGUUGCUGCUCUGUCUGAGAUCAGUGAGUCUCAUCCCAACAGCAACCUUCUGGACCUGAAUCCUCAGAACAUCAAUAAGCUCCUGACGGCCCUCAACGAAUGCACUGAGUGGGGCCAGAUCUUCAUCCUGGACUGUCUCUCCAACUACAACCCCAAAGACGAGCGUGAGGCCCAGAGUAUCUGUGAGCGUGUUACCCCACGUCUCUCUCAUGCUAACUCGGCUGUGGUGCUGUCAGCGGUGAAGGUACUGAUGAAGUUUCUGGAGCUCCUGCCCAAAGACUCUGAUUACUACAACACUCUUCUGAAGAAGCUCUCUCCUCCCCUCGUCACGCUGUUGUCUGGGGAACCUGAGGUUCAAUAUGUGGCCUUGAGGAACAUCAACCUUAUUGUGCAGAAACGGCCUGAGAUUUUGAAGCAAGAGAUCAAAGUGUUCUUUGUCAAGUACAAUGAUCCCAUCUACGUUAAACUGGAGAAACUGGACAUCAUGAUCCGCUUGGCCUCUCAUGCCAACAUUGCCCAGGUACUGGCCGAACUGAAAGAGUAUGCUACUGAAGUGGAUGUAGACUUUGUUCGGAAAGCCGUUCGAGCCAUCGGCCGUUGUGCCAUCAAAGUGGAGCAAUCAGCUGAGCGCUGUGUUAGCACCCUGCUGGACCUCAUUCAGACUAAAGUCAAUUACGUCGUGCAGGAGGCCAUUGUGGUCAUCAGGGACAUCUUCCGCAAAUACCCCAACAAGUAUGAGAGCAUAAUUGCUACUCUGUGUGAAAACCUGGACUCUCUGGAUGAGCCAGACGCUCGAGCUGCCAUGAUCUGGAUCGUCGGCGAAUAUGCCGAGCGUAUCGACAAUGCUGAUGAGCUCCUGGAGAGUUUCCUUGAGGGCUUCCACGAUGAAAGCACUCAGGUCCAGUUGACUCUGCUGACAGCCAUAGUGAAGCUGUUCCUGAAGAAGCCCUCAGAGACUCAGGAGCUGGUUCAGCAAGUGCUCAGUCUGGCCACUCAGGACUCUGAUAACCCCGACCUGCGUGAUCGUGGCUACAUAUACUGGCGCCUGCUGUCCACCGACCCUGUGACCGCUAAAGAGGUUGUACUGUCUGAGAAGCCUUUGAUUUCAGAGGAAACCGAUCUGAUCGAGCCCACCCUGUUGGACGAGCUCAUCUGCCACAUCGGCUCACUGGCUUCCGUCUACCACAAACCCCCCAGUGCCUUUGUGGAAGGAAGCCACGGCAUUCACCGCAAACAUCUGCCCAUCCAGCAUGGCAGUAUCGACACCGGGGAGAGUCCAGUCAGUGCCGGCCCGGCUGCUUCUAUCGAUCAACCCCAAGUCAUUCCAUCUCAGGGUGACCUUCUGGGAGACCUUCUUAAUCUGGACCUCGGUCCCCCCGUCAAUGUGCCACAGGGGUCUUCCAUGCAGAUAGGCGCUGUGGAUCUCCUCGGAGGUGGUCUGGACAGUUUGCUCGGGGGAGAUCUGGGAGGAGGUGUCGGGGGCAGUCCUGCAUUGUCCAUUGCUACAGGAGGAUAUGUGGCACCUAAAACUGUAUGGCUGCCAGCCGUCAAGGCAAAAGGACUGGAGAUAUCUGGAACCUUCUCUCGGCGUCAAGGGCACAUGUACAUGGACAUGACCUUCACCAAUAAAGCCCUGCAGCACAUGACUGACUUUGCCAUCCAGUUCAACAAGAACAGUUUUGGAGUGAUCCCCACCACACCUCUCCCCGUUCACACUCCACUGAUGCCCAGCCAGAGCAUCGACAUCUCCCUCCCUCUCAACACCAUCGGCCCUGUGAUGAAAAUGGACCCACUCAACAACCUACAGGUGGCUGUGAAAAACAAUAUCGAUGUCUUCUACUUCAGCACGCUGAUCCCUCUCAACGUCUUCUUCGUGGAGGACGGCAAAAUGGAGCGUCAGGUGUUCUUGGCCACAUGGAAGGACAUUCCAAAUGAGAAUGAGCUGCAAUACCAGAUCAAAGAAUGCCACUUAAACGCAGAUACAGUGUCAGGCAAACUGCAGAACAACAACAUCUACACCAUCGCCAAGAGGAACGUAGAAGGCCAGGACAUGCUGUAUCAGUCGCUCAAACUUACCAAUGGGAUCUGGAUCCUCGCCGAACUCCGCAUACAACCUGGCAAUCCCAAUUACACGCUCUCUCUGAAAUGCAGGGCUCCCGAGGUGUCUCAGUAUGUGUACCAGAUGUACGAUGCCAUUCUUAAGAGUUGAACGUCUCUAUCGUCCCUUUCCCCCUCCACAUAUAUGUCUCCAGGAUCCAGCUCUCCAUGUUUUCUGCCAUUGUUUUAAAUCCAUCUAUAGGUACCAGUUUACUCAGUGUGCCCAUUACGUAAGAAUCAUACAAGUUCUGUUCUAGCCAAAUGUCUUGAUGUUGUUGAUAAAGUGUCGAAGGGAAUUUUGGAACACAGCUCCAGUGUGAUUAUAUAUAUUUUUUAAUUGUUUAAAUGCUUUGUCGGUUCUUCACCAUCACAUGCCCUGUAUUGGUCAUAGGCAAAGAAGGAAAAAAAGUUGAAUCUAAAAAUAGCAUCGAGAGAAUAUAACACAGCAGGUGUCUGGCAUAUAGAUACUUGAUGUGGAUGUACUUUUAAAAGUUAUCCUGUUUUAGUGGUAACCACUUAAAAACAAAUAGUUACCUAAAAUAGUUACCAUUUUUGAUUUUCAUCAUGCAUUCUGGCAUUAUUGCUUUUGUUUCAUUCUCCGGUAUGCUGCAACGUUGCUUCAUGCAACUGUACAACGUCCCAGCUAUCUGCUAUUAGACUUAUUAGACUUGCAUGCUUUGACCAACACAAAUGCCACAUUCCUUGUAAUGUUUUGUAUACCUUGUUUAUCUUAACCACUGUAUGAACAUGCCAACACUCCAUCGUUGACUUAUAUUGUUUGAACUGCUAUGAAUCAACUUAAUGUGAUACAAAGAAAACGUAUUUUCUAUCAGUUAUGUAUAAGUGGGCCAUCUGAUAUUCAUUCCCAGUCCGAAUCCAUCCAUAUGUGUGAUAUUGUGCUUGUGAAAGUGAGUAGGUUUUGUGAGGUCGUUUUUUGGUCUCCUUGGAGUGUUAGAAAUAUCUGUUCAGCAUUAGUUUACAACCUCACUCAGCUUUGGUUUAAAACUAAUACACUAACAUAGAAAUGCAAUAAAACAUUCAUCAACAUAGACUCAGCGAUACAAGGUUGGAUCACUUUUGGACUGUUGAGUAGUUUGUUUUUUCCCUGAAACUUAACUAGUCUUCAUGGUGGUGCUGGUGACUAAAUGUGAACUUUUUUGUUGCCAUAGUUGCUAAUGUGCCUGUGAACCUGCAUGUAAGCAGCAUCCAAUAAACAUCUGCCAGUAGAACACUUGUUUAAGAAAGUGAAAUAUUAAUACAAUAACCCCUGUGUGUGCAAAUAUGAGUUUUAAUUAUUACCAUUUAUAUUGCCAAUGUGAUCACAGUGCAUCUCAAUACUGAAAUGUGACGUCUCACAUCUGACAUAAAUUCAACAAAAUGUCUGAUCAGAUUUCUUCAGAUUUAUUUUAUGGAUAGUAAUGUAAAAUAAAGUCAGCAGUGUUGACAUCCCAAAUAUUCACCCUCA